AUGAGGGAUCCAAAGAGGACAGUUGGAGGAGCCUGUGAUGAAGAGAAGCCAAGAAUUAUCAAUUCUGUGGUAUUGCUGAUUCUGCUGAGCGCCCUGACCGAUCCUGACCAGUAUCACCUAACCAGUGCUGAAUUAGGGGGUGAAUUUGAAUUUAUGGAUGAUGCCAAUAUGUGCAUUGCCACAGCAAUUUCUCUUCUUAUGAUUCUGAUCUGUGCAAUGGCUACAUAUGGUGCAUAUAAGCAACAUGCGGCUUGGAUCAUCCCUUUCUUCUGUUACCAGAUCUUUGACUUUGCUCUUAACACGCUGGUUGCCAUCAGUGUACUCGUCUAUCCCAGCACAAUUCAGGACUACCUCCGCCAACUGCCCACCAAUUUUCCCUACAAGGAAGAGAUUAUGUCUGUGAACCCUACGUGUCUGGUUGUGAUUAUUCUCCUUUUCAUAAGUAUCAUUUUGGCUUUUAAGGGUUACUUGAUAAGCUGUGUGUGGAACUGUUACCGAUACAUUAAUGGCAGAAACAACUCGGAUGUGUUGGUGUACAUUACCACCAAUGACACUGCGGUCCUGUUACCACCAUAUGAUGAUCCUGUGAACGGAGCUGCUAAAGAUCCACCACCACCCUAUGUGUCAGCAUAAGCGAGAAAGUGCUGUGUACCUAGGGAGGAUAGCUUUACUUUUCAGACAUUUCAGGAGCAAUAGUUUGAUAAUUUCACUUCCAGGAUACAACCUCUAUGGGUUAUACGUUGCUGUUUUGCUGACAUAUUGAAACCUAAAUUGUACGAUUAAAAUUCUGUAGAUAGUUUUAAUAAUUUGCUGCAACUACAGUAGUUUUUCAGAAACUAGUGAACUAGUUUCAGAACAAUUCUGGGUGGCACUAAGGUCACUGAAUAGCUUUUUCCACCAUGUCUGACAUGCAGUGCUAGAGAACGUAGAACUUUGCAUUCUCAAUCAGGUUCAGAGUGUAACCUUCUUUUUUUCAUUUGUAAAACUUCCAAAGCAUUACAAAUGUGUUUCUCAGAUGCCC